GACCGCAACAGCUUUGUAAAAGUUCAGUGGUGUAUUUGUUACUUGCCCGAAACACGAGGUCCAGCACAGAGAAAUUCCCAAGACCGAACCCCCCUAUAUUAUCUUGAUAUAAUGCCACCAAUGAAUGCACAUGACGCAACACAAGCGGAAGGCACAGAUCCAAUCGUCUUCAUCGCAGAAACAGAAGAAGGAAAUGGAGCAGUCUUUUUGGAUCAACAUUAUCUUCUUGGUGAUGAUAUGCGAAUGCAAUUGUCAAAUACAGGACCGCUGCCAUACGACAUCUCGAAUCCUUCUCUACAAGCAGGCGCAGGUAAUACUUUCCUGCAAUUCUACCGAGAUAUCCGCUCCCAGUUUAUCACAUCCGCCCAGGAGGAGAGAAGACUUGGAGAAACGCUUCUGGAGGAGAAGAAGGAGGCAAUUAGAGCACUCCUAAAGCCAGUCCAGAAUAGCACGCAUGAAUUAAGCCCCUGCUUCUGCAACGAACCAUACGCAGACACAACAGCGAAGAUCGAUAAUAAUUCGCAUGAACCAGUCAAGAUGCCAGAAUGUCAACAUGUCUUCGGGAAAUGUUGUAUCGUGCAAUGGUUGGGCGAUAACACUCCAUCGACUUGCCCAAUGUGCAGGAGAGUAGUUCCUUUACCGAGAGAUGAACCGGUAACCCAAAAUGAAACUGAGGAUGGCUAUAGUAUCAUUGACUAUCAUUACUGAAGAAGCUAUGAUGGACAGAAUUUUAGAGUAGAUAGCCAAGGCAUGAGCUAGAUAGAUUGAUGAAGUGGCGGAUUGUAUCAAAUUUGAGUCAGCA